AUGUUGGGUUUUAAUCGAAUAGUGCAGCUGCAUACAAUCCUGUUCUGUCUGCUGACUCUAUGCCUUGCGAAAGAUGACGAAAACUAUGACAACUCGACUAAUUACCGUCCUCGCAACGUUACAGGCCUCGGCGACUUCUAUCAAUGGGUUGGAUCCUACUAUAACGCGACCGCAGAAGUCGAAUUGAGACCUAUCUUUGGAGAUGUCUGGAACGAGACCAUUUUCGGCCCCAACUACACUGAUAAUCUGUGUUCUAAGCUAAAGAACUCGACCCAGACUGUCAAAUACGAUGCUAUUCUGAGUAUCCUUGAGAAGGGCAAAUGGAACGCUGGUAGUAACUCUGUUAUCUUUUGGCUAACGCUUAUCCCAAAAUCCUCAGCGGGGUUUAAUGUAUCUUCUCUUGGUGCUGAUUUUACGUACUCAUCUGAAUCUGGGGGACUUCAAUUUCCCCUUUAUUCUGUUCAUCCAAGCCCAGAUGGAUAUUGGCGCCCCCACAAAGGGAAGGGUCCUGAUAUUUUCAACUUCACGACUAGCCAGACUAAAUCCGGAGCCUAUAACCUCAGUGCGGUACUUGAACGCAACUUGCCGGAAUCGUACUCAUCGAGUCUAAAUCUCACCAUGCCAGUAUGCAACACCACUGAGCUAAGCGGUGACUACAGAGUUAGCGUGCAGGAGUUCCGAUCUUGGGAGGCGGAGGACUGGGAUGACUUUCGAUGGCCCGACAUCAGCGUCAUGUUCGACGACAAGACAGCUAACCUAACUAUGGACGCUGUAUUCUCCGCGAUUCCAUACGUGCAGCCUAACUCUUGA